AUGUUUUCUUUAUUCUUUCUCCAUCUCAAAGGAUUUGAACAGUCUGCCGACUUAAUUCCACCAUUUUAUCCUAACUCUAACAAUCAAAUCGGUUAUUGGAACAUCGGUGGUGCUGCAAUUAUCGAAGAAGGAAAAAUUAUUCUUGCGCCGCCAAUACAAUACAGAAAAGGAUCCGCGUGGAGUUCUUUACCACUCCCAUAUGGUGAUUGGCAAAUUACUUUUGAUCUCAAAAUUAGUCAAGGAAAUGGUGGAGGCGGAUUUGCGAUUCCUAUCAUAACAACGCACAGUUCUGAUGGUCCAUUUUAUGGAAUAUCCGAUAAAUUUAGCGGAAUUGUAUUAGUUGGUGCUGUUUUUGCUGAUAACGAAGGAAAUCCUACUGUACAUUAUAAUAUUUAUCAAUCUGAUGGCUCAAAAACAUUUAAAGUAAUGCAAGAUAUUGAUCCUUGUCUCAAAUCAAUACCACUCGAUAACGAAAAUUUCAAAGUUACGCUUUCAAUUUUCAAUAAAACAAUAAAUGCAACACAUACAGAUUCAAAAGGCCAAAAAACAUUAAUAACAGAUGCACCUAUUACAAUUGAUAUAUCGAAAUGCUGGAUUGGCAUCUCAGCAAUGUGUGAUGAUUAUACUUCUAAAAUAGAGAUGUUCAAUGCCACAUUUAACACAGAUGACAUGAUUAGCAAUCGAAGGAAGCAAGCCUGGACAUUCCAAGGAAUGCCAUAUUCAACAUCUUCAACAGUUCAACCAGAAAAGAUAGAAAAACUACGAAAUCCAUCAUUCUUUAUAAUGCGGAAUGAACUCAAAACAUACGAAACUACGAAAGGCGACCUCAAAGCCGCAAACAAAACAAUUGAAGAUUAUCUCAAAAUUACAUCAGAGUUUGCAGAAGUUAUUGACGAAGUUGCAACAUAUGGACAGCUCAAUGACUUCAUUACCAAUACUUUGGUGCCUUAUACUGAUUCCUGGCACCAAAGAACAUUUAAGAUCAUGGACGCAGUGGCCAAAGCGAACAAAAUUAUGUCGGCGUCACUUAACGAGACACAAGCACUAUUUUAUUCGUUCAACCAAACAGUUAAUUUGUCAUUAACAAAAGCAAGGACAAAAAUUUCUUCAAUUAAGGAUAUUUUGAUUGAGGAAUCAGAAGUACAGCUCCUUGACCAAAUAAUGACAGUCAAAAAGUCUGUUUCUCCAAUUGUAAAUUACUUGAUUUAUAUUAGUACGGCAGAAGUCAUCGGAUUGCUUGUAUUUGGCUUCAUUCAAUGUACCCCUUGGUUCAAGCAUAGAUAUAUGUAA